CUGCAUGUGGAUAGUUUACAUUGAAUAUUGCCUCGUUAUCAUCAACAAAAGCAGACGGUAGCACAACAGCAAUACCUACAACAGCCAUUCCAAGCAUUCUAUUGAACCCCGCAAGACUCGCAUUGAAGCGGCAUCACCCCGUCCUUCUUGCCUUUGAGCGCAACAACAACUCAACACAUUCAUAUUCGCCAGAGUCACACGCAGACAGCCACAGCCAUCAUCCAGAAUGUCAAAAUCAACAACACCGCCGGCGCCGGCCAUGCCAACAAGUGAGAUAUUCAACGACUUUGACAUUAUCAGCGAGCCCUACGUCACGCGCGAGAACCAUCCCAUCCUCGCACACGUCCUCAUCCCCAAGGACAUGGACCCGGCGCCCCCGGGCCCGCGCCCCGUCAUCGUCAACUGGCACGGCGGCUACCUCAUCGCCGCGCACGGGCUGUACGCGCCCUUCUUCCCGCAGUUCGUCCUCGCCCUCGCGCGCAAGCACGCGGCCGUCAUCGUGUCCCCGGACUACACCCUGCUCCCGCACGCCGACGGGCUCGCCGCCGUGCAGGACGACGUGCGCGCUUUCCACGGCUGGUUCACGACGGCGCUUGGCCCGCUCCUUGUCGCCACCGCCACCGCCAACACCACCGAUGAAAAGCAGGCGACGACGACGACGACGACGAUGGCGACGAUAACGCCCGACCUCUCGCGCGUGCUCCUCAGCGGCGGCUCCGCCGGCGGUUACGUCGCCACGAGCCACGCGCUCGCCUUCCCCGACGCCUUCCGCGGCCUGGCCCUCACGUACCCCAUGAUCGACUUCGACACGGAGUGGUGGCGCCGCGGCAGCCAGGCCGUCGGCGCGCCCAACCCAGGCCGCGUGCCGGACGCGGCGUUCCCAGCAGACGUGACGACUGUGCGAGCGCGCAUCGAGCGGGAGCACACUGCCACCGCACUCGGCUCGCGUGUCUCGGCGGCGGCAGACGACGAGCGCCUAGGGUUCGGGUCGGAGAUUGCGCGCGCGGGGCUCUUCCACGACGUCUUCAACCCCGAUGGGAGGCUCGACGGCGACGAGUCGGUGUGGAUCAACAGGCGCAUCGCGGGGGGCAGCGGCGAGUCGUUGUUGCUGCCGCCGCGGGUGUGGGUGCUGCAUGGCGAUGCCGACUCGGCGGUGCCCGUCGAGACGUCUGUGUCUUUUGCCGAGACGAUGGAGCGGCAGGGCAGGCCGGUGCGGCUGGACGUGAUCGCGGGCAUGGACCAUGGGUUUGACCUGUUUCCCGGCCAGGGCUGGAAAGGCCCGGACGACCCCGUGAUUCUAGAGGCUACUGCAUGGCUGGCUGAGGAGUGGCUGCGAUGAGGAUGGCUGCAUGGAAAAGAC